AUGGUAUUGUUUCUGGUGGCCUUGGUCACCGGUGUUGCUACUGUGGCGGUGGUCCAAUCUCGUCCUACGCAGCCAUUGCCUAUUAUCUACAACAACGGAACACAUGAUUUCCAUCCGACUGUUAUCUUUAUAUCCCUCGAUGGGGUUGUCAACCACGAUCUGGACCUUUCUAUCACUCCGCAUUUGAGUCGCUUAGCUAAGGAAGGUCAGCGAGCUCAUUGGAUGACACCCUCUUUCCCACCGAUUACCUUUCCCAACCAUUGGUCGCUGGUCACGGGAUUGUCAGUUGAGGCACAUGGUAUCAUUGGGAAUUAUUUCUUUGAUCCUGCACGCAACAAGAGCUUCAAUUAUAAAUCCCCGGCUGACAGUUGGGACGCUGAUUGGUGGGGAGGAGAACCGAUAUGGAUUACGGCUGAACGACAACAAAAAACAGCGGGUGUCAUUAUGUGGCCCGGAUGUAGCAGCGUGUUUUAUGGAGUCCAACCGUCCUUGUCCGUUGCUUACAGUGACAAUGUCUCUUUUGAUGAUAAAGUCGACAUUGCCUUGGGUUGGUUAGAUUUGCCUUUGGAAGAUCGCCCCCAGUUUGUGGGACUGUACGUGCCCGAAAUUGAUCAAAAAGGGCAUGCAUAUGGUCCCUAUGCUUCUCAGACGUUGAAACAACUCCAGAUGGCUGACGGAACCAUCGGACGAUUGCUGAAAGAAAUCGAUGCUCGUAACUUGACCAACAUCGUUCACAUCAUGGUUGUGAGCGAUCAUGGCAUGUCAGCCACGGAUAAGUCGCGAUUGAUCUAUUUAGACGAUGGGCUUACUCAAGAGGAACUUGAUCUGAUUUGGCGGACGGAAAACUUCCCGGCUUUGGCGAUCCGUCCAUACCCUCAUGCGGACGAAGAACAAGCAGUGGAUACCCUUUACCGAGCGUUCAAACGGUUCCAGGGUCAACUAGAUGAACCCCAUUUUGAAGUUUACAAACGUAAAGAUAUACCCGAUAGAUUCCGUUUUCGAAAUAAUGAUCGUAUCGCACCUUUAUUUGUGCUUCCCGAUCCUGGAUGGAAUUUUGUCAAGCGAUCCGAAUUCGAUCCGGAACAUGACGACUUUCAUCCACGCGGUACCCACGGUUACGAUAAUCUAUCUCCCGAGUCAAGGGCCAUUUUUGUCGCCAGAGGGCCCACAUUUGAACCUGGUGUCCUAAAACCUUUUACCAAUACCGAAUUAUAUCAAGUCAUGUCGCGUGUACUCCAGUUGGAACCAGCGCCUAACCACGGCCUGUUGAACGGUAAACUGGAGCUGGAUUCGUACUGAUACAAUCUAAAUAAAGUAUACACAAAUUUUCCUGUGAUAUGUUGUAUGUUACUGUACAGUUUAAUUGAAAAAAUCUGGGUAAAAAUUUUACAAAUCAAAAUUUUUUAAAAGAGGCAAGGUAAUUGUUGUUUUUAAGUAACCAAAAAAGAGAGAAAACCAAAGGACAAGACAUACAAAAAAAAAAAAAAAAGAC